UAUUCAGUUAAUUAUUUUUGUUAGGUCACCGCAUAAUAAUUACUAACAUUUUUAUUUUGUUUUGUUUAAAUUUUCCAUUUUUUAUUGUAUAUAAAUUUAUUCAUGUUUUUGGCUCACUGUUGCCUCUGUAAUUUGUCAUUAUUUUUUGCUCAUACUAACAACUGUACUUAUUUUUGGUAAUGACCCGUUAGUUUUUUAUUAUUUGUUUCUCACUCAAAUUAUUAUUACAAGCGUAUUGUUGUUGCUCUUAAAAAUGCAAUUUAUUUAUUUGGAGACUUAUUGCAUGUAUUUUGUUUUUGCAUAUUUUGAAUAUAAAUAAGUAAACAAGUUGAGUUGGUAUAUUGGAAGUGAGAAACAAAUAAUAGUACAACAGUGUAGCCCUUAUUUACAAAAUCAAUUGUUAGGCUUAAGAAAAUUAUUUUUAAAUAAAGAAAUCAUUGUCAUAGUUGAAUUCAAUCAAACAUCAUCGCUCUUUUCACUUGUCUCGGUACCAUGGUCGUUUUCUUCUGUUCUUAGGAAUUAAUCGCUGCCCAUCGAGCAUUCCAGCAACCUAUAGACAACAAUUCAAAGUAAACCGAAUUGCUCUAUAUCGUUGCCGGUGAAGAAAAAGCUCUUCAUCGUACAUUUUGGAGCCCAACGUGGGGCAAGUGAUUGAUCUCAAUCUUACUAAAUUUGUCGUUCUCGGUCCGUGGUAUAUUCUAAAAUUGUAGUUGAAGUACAAGUUAAAGUAAAAGUGUACGGUCGUAUUGUGAAGUGGAUAGUGACGUAUCAAACCCAAAUUGAAAAAUACGAUCCCGGGGACAAUGCUAGGCCCGAAAUCGAGGAUUUGUACAUCUCAGCCAAAAUGAAUAUCCAGUCGCAGCUUGGUGAAUAUGUUCAUAAUACAACAUUGUCCGAGUCCACCAUUUGUUUCCCAGCUCCCAGCCACAAAUUGCCUCAGCUGAAAUUGCCCACAUUUAGUGCACCAAGAAUUAGAAAAUGCUAAACUUUGUAUCGUUUUCAACAUCCAGAAACUACAUUUUCAAGAUGACAUAACUCGAGCUCUAAAGAAGAAAGAUCCCCAAGGUGCUCUAAAGUGUCUGAAACAUUUCCUAGAUUCGUCAAAUGGUUUCAACUUGCUCAAGGUCGGCGGACGCUUGGAGUACGCGGCUAUUUCUGAAGGUCAAAAACACCCCAUAAUCUUGUUACAUACGUCAUCUGCACAUCAGUUACAUACGUCAUCUGCACAUCAGUAACUACCACGCUGGACCCAAGGCUCUAAUGUCAUUGAUUCGCCAACAAUUUUGGAUCAUCAACUCUAGGAGUUUGUGUCGCAGCAUUGUAAAUUCGUGCCCUCAAUGCAUUCGCUCUCGCCCAAAGUUGUUGCAGCAAAUGAUGGGAAAUUUGCCUGUGGAACGACUUAACCCGUCAAGGCCCUUCGCAAGGUGUGCUGUCGAUUUUUGUGGUCCAGUCAACACCUACCUAAGAAUUACAGGAAAGGUCCCCUACAAGACAUACAUCGCUAUAUUUGUUUGUCUCGCUACCAAAGCUCUCCAUAUUGAAGUGGUAUCCGACCUGUCAACAUUGCUGCCCUAAAACGGAUGAUUGGUCGUAGAGGUCUGCCCGCAGAUAUAUUCUGUGAUAAUGCAACAAAUUUCGUUGGUGCUAACUCUAAGUUGGCCCAAUUAAAGUCGUUCCUUUUUGAGCCAAAAAAUUCAAAUUUUAUUACAAAUGAUUGCUCGAAUCAAUUUAUUAAUUUUCGAUUUAUUCCCCCUAGGGCACCACGUUUUGGCGGAUUGUGGGAGGCGGCCGUCAAAUCGGCCAAAGGUCACUUAACUAGAACCCUGGACAACACAAGGCUCACCUACGAAGAACUCGCAACGGCUAUGAUUGAGAUAGAGGCAGUUUUGAACUCGAGGCCCAUUUCGCCUCUAUCCUCAGAUCCCAGUGACUUUAAAGCUCUUACACCAGGCCACUUCUUGAUAGGCGCUCCCCUCCGUAGUUUGCCAGAACGUGAUGUCCCUACAAAUGAGAUUAACAAAAUUGAAUAUUGGGCCCGAAUAAGCGCCAUCAAGCAACAAUUCUGGAAAAAGUGGUCCCAUGAUUAUAUAAAUGAGCUCCAGACUCGCAACAAAUGGACUAGCUCUAACUCUAAUAUUGCUAAUAGUUCUCUAGUAAUCAUCAAAGAAGAUAAUUUACCCCCGCAGCGUUGGCGCGUGGCUAAAAUCAUCAAUAUUGUUCGUGGAAGAGAUGAUCAUGUUCGAGUUGUCGACAUUAAAACAACAAAAGGAGUUAUACGUCGCCCUAUCCACAGACUGGCUCUUCUAUUUUUAAAUUUUCCAUUCUUUAUUGUAUUUAAAUUUUUUCAUAUUUUUGGCUCACUGUUGCCUCUGUAAUUUGUCAUUAUUUUUUGCUCAUACUAACCACUGUACUUAUUUUUGGUAAUGACCCGUUAGUUUUUUAUUAUUUGUUUCUCACUCAAAUUCUUAUUACAAGCGUAUUGUUGUUGCUCUCAAAAAUUCAAUUUAUUUAUUUGGAGACUUAUUGCAUGUAUUUUGUUUUUGCAUAUUUUGAAUAUAAAUAAGUAAACAAGUUGAGUUGGUACAUUGGAAGUGAGAAACAAAUAAUAGUACAACAACAGUGUAGCCCUUAUUUACAAAAUCAAUUGUUAGGCUUAAGAAAAUUAGUUUUAAAUAAAGAAAUCAUUGUCAUAGUUGAAUUCAAUCAAACAUCGUCGCUCUUUUUACUUGUCUCGGUACCACGGUCGUUUUCUUUUGUUCUUAGGAAUUAAUCGCUGCCCAUCGAACAUUUCAGGAACCUAUAGACAACAAUUCAAAGUAAACCGAAUUGCUCUAUAUCGUUGCCGGUGAAGAAAAAGCU